AUGAGCCAACAAUAUGAUUGUCCUCUGCCUCCCCCACCACCUUCGCCCAGGUCUGGCGGCACAUCAACUCGCGCUGGAUCCGUCUCAGGUAGUGUUGCGCCUCAGGCGGAUGCUAGAUCUGUGUCAGAGAACUUGCAUGUUCACCGGACCCGACCCGUGUCUGCAGUCCUGCCUUCAAUAACGACUACUUGCCUCAGCCCGCAAGGCGUUUAUUCUUCUCAGGCCUCAACGCCCGUCUCUGGGAAUCGUCUCUCUCCUGGUAUAUUCCCAUAUGCCCCGGGCACGCCAAGUGGACUGAAUCCCCAGACUCCUGGUGGAUUAGUUCCGCCGCCGCCUCCUCCAGCAACACCUAGGUCGCCGAAUAUGGAACCGUACAAUCCGCUGCAAUGGAGCAGGGGACAGGUAUCGGGCUCGCAAAUGGUCUUCCAGCAGAGGCACAGUACCAUGCCUCCGAGCACAAUGCAGCUGAUUGGCCAAGAAGCAGCGAUGCCUUCACCUCCUCCACCUUACUCUCCAGCCACGCCUGACCACGCUGCAAGGGCGGCCACGACCUCAGCAUCGACAAUGCUUGAUAACAACGGCUUCACGGCUUCGCCAAUGGCAGAGAGCUCGUCUAGGAGCUCCCCACAGAUCCCAAUGUCUCCAGCAUUUCCGCCUCCUCCGGGCCAGUCAUCGCGAUACCGAGAACGAUCGACGUCUGGACUGGGUGGGAACAAGUCAUUCUUCAGCCUGUCAGGGCGUCGGGGAAAGCAGCCCGUCAAUCUCGAGCCGUAUGUGCCACAGGCAAGCAGCUCUGUACAUACACCUUCCUGGGAAGACGCAAGGCCGCCCGCAGCCAGGCGGGCAGCAUCGACAGGCCACAUACAGUCAGGGAGUUCAGCGGCAACAUCGUCGGCAGCAGUAUCAACGCGAGCGUCGCCGGAACCGAAUUGGCACCCUGGAAUGCCUCUCCCAGGCCCUCCGCCAGGCCCGCCUCCUCCAGGUGCCCGAUCGCAGAGUCUGAAUCGACCGUUAGGUGCUGUGGCUUCUAGCAGUUCCGGCAUUGAUCGCAGAGUGGGCGUGUCUCAACAAAGAAGGACCUUGGCCGCAGUCGCACCUUCGCUGGGUCCUGUUCCUCCAACGCCAGCGAAUUGGAUCGACUCAGAUACGCCUGCUCAGGAGCCUGCUCAGGAUGUCAUAGAGAUUCGCCCACCAGCUGGCAGUGCUUCCCAGACGGAGGCAACCAGUCCACCUCUGCGAAUACACACUGGUGCAAGCAGGGACAAUUCGUUAGCACGCCGGCCAGCACGUAGAGAUACCAGUAUGCAAGGACUCCGCGAGCGCAGAUCACAAAGUAGGGCUGCACAAGGAACCACUGAGGAAGACACCCGGAGGAUGAGCAAUCUCGUGAUUGCGCCGCCGGAAAGUGGAUCGAUCAGUCGGAGAAGAGAACACAUGAGGAACAUAUCAGGCUAUGCCGAACCGACGUCUGCGCCAAGUCCGUUGUCAAAAGAAGUGCAACAGGAAGCGAAGGUGCCCGGCAACAUUUUGACUCCGCCGUAUACACCCGCCCCAGGCAAGCAGCCUCUCCACUCAGGAAAGCAGAUCAAAAUGCCAGGAAGCGCCUCGAGUGACAGGCCGAUCUCGCAUCUUCUGCAUACUCCGAAUGAGGCUAAUUCUACAAUUACUGCACCUCUUAGUCCGGCACGACCGCAAUCAAGUGGAUCAGCCAAAGUCUCAACGAAGCUUGAUGCCUUUGCGGUGCAAGCCAUAGAACGUCACAAGGCAUUCAUCGAGAAAGAAGCGGUAGCCACAACGGACGAAGAAAGACUGGAGCUGUUUGCAAAUUUCAUGGUCCAUGAGUCUCGGCUUCGACGUGAUAAGUACACAGUGGCGUACAACGCCAUGGCCGGCGACAUUGUUGACCUGACUCGGGAUAUGUGGCGAUCGUAUGGCGGCAGCAAACGCUCCAUCACACCUAAUACCGCCUUGUCUUCUAUUGACCCAACAGUCCCCUCCUGGGCAUCAGAUGGUCAACCGACUUCAGCUCAUACCAACAUGCCGAGCUCAGCUUCAUCAAUGGGCGAGUUCACACCUGCUACAGAUACUAGCUCCAUCGGCGACUUUGGCUUCGAACGUACAGAGACACGACAGUGGGCUGACAGUUUCAAGCCGUCGCUAUCGCCUAUUCCGAGCAUGGCAGUGAGUACAGUUCCAGACGAAGACAGCUCGCGAGGCCGCACUGCUAGCCGGUGGUGGGAAGGGAGCAAUUCCCAAGGAGGUUCCAUUGGAAGGCCUGACAGAAUCGAGAAGACGCGACGGGAAACCAAAUACAUGGGAAUCAACCCUGCCGAGCUUCACGCACUUACUCCAGAACCAGCCAGGCACAGUCCUGCCCCCGAAGCGGAUGCGCCAGCAUAUGGCUAUGGCCCAGACGAAUACCCACCAGAGAAGACUGGCUGGCACGAAGAGGCUGACUACGACACUCCUAUGGUGACUCCGAAUCGACACGGCGAUCGCAAAACAUCAACACCUGGCGUGGAACCACUUGAUGUAUCGCGACUUGUGACAUUGCCGCCUCCGUACCCGCGCCACCAUCCGGCAGUGAACAACAGUCACCCACUGUUGUCCGAUUUGCGCAAUGAGCAUCGUAUACUGGCAGAUGCGACAGACGUACAAAAGAUCAAGGAUGCGUACAUGGAUCAAGACUUUGCACUGACAGGCCAGCAAAAAGAAGCCGAAAAGCGCAGACGUGUCAAGCUGCGUCUAAGCAUUCAGAACAAGAUUUCGGAAGGCAGUAUUUCGUUUGCGGACGCUGCACGAGCUGAGGCAGACUUUGAUGGCGAAGAAGCGGAGCGAGGGAAAGCCAAUGCACGCGCUAACUUCGACGUCUUUGAGGCUAGUGUUGCUCAUCCACUGAACACUCUGCUGACCGAGCGUCUGACGAAAGCAAAUGACUGCAUCAAGAAGCUACGCGCGGAGCUGGAAAGUGGCCAUAAUUCGGCAGAUCCCAACCGCGCUCAAGAGGAGGGCGACGAACAUCCAGAACGACUGGAGAAGCUGACAUUGCUUAAAUGGAUCUUCGAAGCGCGCGAGCAGCUCAAUAAGGAAAUGUUCGACCUGCAUACCAUGAGAAGCGAGAAGUACUCUGAAGUCAUCCUCACACCAUUCCGAAUCUCCAAAGACACCAAGAAGAUGGGAGAAGCGACGACGUUUUUCAAGAAAGACAGCAUCGAACGACAGAUCACGUACGCCAGGGAAUCCCUUAGGCGCUUUGAAGAACUGCAAUCAGUCAUGGAAAAGAACGUCUCGCAAGGCGUGGAAGAUCAGCUCUCUGCUUUCUGGGACAUCGCACCUGGCUUGCUCGAAGUCCUCCAGCAGAUUCCUGCGCAGAUGAGCUGCCUAGAUGUUCAGAUCCCUUUGCAGGAGUAUGAAGAGAAUCCGUCUUAUCAUCAGCACCCUCUGCAGUAUCUCCACAGCCUGCUCAACCAUGCUGAGAAGAGUGCUUACCAGUUCAUCGAAAGUCAGACGAAUCUACUCUGCUUGCUACACGAAGUCCGUACUGCUACAACGAAUUCUCGACUCAGAUUGGUGGAGAUUGAGAGAAAUGCAAGUAACGGCGAUGAGCAGGAGAUCCGUGCUGAGAUGGCGCUGGCAAGGCGUGAGGCUGAAGACCAUUUGACUGAGGACUUGAAGGAGAAGGUUGGAGAAGUUGAUCGCCAGUGGAAAGAGGCGCUUGGGUAUGGUAUUGCUGAGUGCAAGGAGAGGGUCAGUGUAUGGCUAGAGGAGAGCGGUGGACUAGAAGAGGGUUUCGAUGCGUGA